CAUCGGCGCUCGGCUGCCCGCCCCGCAACUUCCGGUGUCGCGUUGGCGGAAGUGCCCGUGCGCAUGCGCAGUGUGCGCGGGGCCGGGGCCGCGCUGAGAGCCCCCGGUGCCGCCAUGACCAACGUGUAUUCGCUGGACGGGCUGCUGGUGUUCGGGCUGCUGUUGGUGUGCACCUGCGCCUACCUGAGGAAGGUGCCGCGCCUGAGGGCCUGGCUGCUGUCUGAGAAGCGCGGCCUGUGGGGCGUCGGCUACAAAGCUGCCGUCAUUGGCACACGGCUGCAUGUUCCCGUGGCCAUCUCCUGUGUGCUGAUGGCCUUCUACGUCCUCGUGGUGAAGUGACCCCGCCAGGACCCCGUGGCAGCCACUCUGAAUCCGCCUCGUCCCAGUGCCCGCUGUGGGGCAGCACCAGGUGUCACCAUACACCGUUACUUGACAAGGAUGGGAAGAUCCCAGUGCCCACCGGCCCCCUCCCCGUGGCCAUGGGGUCCUGGGAGCUGGGCCAGCAGCCAAGGACCCUUCCUCGUGUGCGGGGCCGCGUUUCGGUGCCCCGGUGGCCGAGCGGCGGGGCUCGGCGUGCCAAUAAACGCGCUCUAUCCACCGCCA